AUGGCAGGUUCUAAUACAUUACGGCCAUAUUAUGACCACGACACGUUUGAUGCAGGGUAUUCAGUUAUUUUUAAACCGGGGGUAGGGUUAAUUGACACUGAAACAAACAAACCGAUAACGUCGUCAUUGGCAUCUUCUAUUGCUAAGCAGUCGUCACAAAGAAAUUUUAAAUCGGGACAAAAUAUAGGGUUGUCAGGAUUAUCAAGUAAGAAAUCGAUAGGCGAUAUAGGGAUUGGUAAGACUACAGCAUCAAAUGGCACCGAUAAAAAUUACAUUUAUGAUUUAGAAUUCCAGGAGUAUUUUGACUUUAAUAACUUAUCUGAAUUGUUGAAGAACUUAGUAUGGAAUUUUUGUAAAAACUACUUCAAGGUUUUGUUAUCGCAACCGUUAGAAAUAGUUCGUUUGGUUUUACAAGUGGGUACAUUUGACUUUAGUGAUAGUCCACCUAAAAGACCUUCACGUUACUCCAGAUUGUUGAAUAAACUGAACACCAAAAGCUCAGAUACACCACAACUCACCGAUAUAUCUGAUGAAUCUGACGGGGAAGUGAAUUAUUUUGAGUCUCCAAGCCCGUCAAUGAAUUUGCCCAAGGAGAAAUCGAGAACAAAAUCACCAUCUAAAAUUCGCAAACUGCGUUAUGACAGAAAGACUAAGAAUAAGAACAAAAUUCAGCCUGUUUCUCUUCAUACAGUAGAUAUUAUGUCAUCUAUAAUAGCAAAAGAUGGUCCUUUUGCCCUUUUCCGAGGUAUUAAUGCAUCAUUUAUACACCAAACAUUGUCGCAUACCAUAGAAGCAUGGAUCACCGGGUUCAUUUCGCCAUUCUUGGGAAUACCAGAUCCAUUUUUCUUGGAUUUAACGCAUCUGACUGAACCCUUGAAAUCAUUGUGGUUAUCAGUACUGGCAUGUGUGUUGACUGGGUUAAUUUUGAUGCCACUAGAUUUGAUUAAAGUGAGGUUAAUGAUCACUCAAUUUAAUAAGCCAUCCUCCAAUGAAGAAAGUGGCGUUUCGUCUACCGAUUCUCUGGUCACAAAUAUCAAAGAAGAAAAAGUGCCUGAAACAAGCUCUCGUUCUAUCCGUGAUUCAAUAUGCAACUUCCCUAUCCAUUUCCUUGUCCAUCCGCCACCUACCAUAUCCUUCUUAACCGUAUUGCACCAGUUUUCAACCAGUAUCUUCCGCAAGGCUGCCCCAUACAUUUUGUUCAUCAGAUUUAAUAUUGACUCUUACCUGUCACCAAACUUGUACACUUUUGUGAACCUCUUCCUGUUGAUAUUGGAGUUCUUCAUAAAAUUGCCUGUGGAAAACUUGCUAAGAAAAGAACAAGUAAGGUUCUUAUUAAGACCUAAGUCGGUAUUGGAAGAUGAAAAGAAAGUUAUUACUAUCGACAGUGAAGAGAAUGAUUUGAUUAUUGACUUUAAUAAUGGCUGGAAAGAUGAUAUUGAUAACGAAGUAGAGGACUCUGAUGGAGAACUUAAACCUCUCAGAUCAGUUAGCUUAUGGCAAAGAGUUAAGAUCCUAGGUUUGUUCAACGGUUGGAGAGUCGGUGUUCUAAACGUUAUUGGUUUUUGGGGCUAUAAUAUUUUAAAGAAGAAUGGCACAGAGUUGAAAGAAGAACGCUUAUAG